AUGUCCGGCUCCGGCAGGAAAGACUUCGACGUGAAGCACAUCCUGCGCCUCCGCUGGAAACUGUUCAGCCACCCCUCGCCGGCGGGCGGCCCGGCGGGGGGAGGCUGCCUGCCGCCCGACAGCAGCUUCGAGCACUGGGGACCGAGCCAGAGCCGCCUGCUGAAGAGCCAGGAGAGAGGCAACGGCGUCUUCUGGAAGAAAUCCGCCUCCUCCGCCUCCUCCUCGGCGGCCACCACGGCCAGCCCGCCCAACGGGACGCUGCUGCCCGCCGGCGGCCGGCCGGCCGCGGGGCACGGCCCGGGACCGCCGCCGCCCCGCACCGUCUUCUACGUGGAGUCCCUGGAGGAGGAGGAGGAGGAGGCGGUGCCCGGCGGGAUGGAGGUGGCCCGCGAGCCCGAGAAGCCCCUGGCGCCGGCGGAGCGGGAGGAGGCGCCGGGGGGCUGCGCCGAUGGAGGCAGCCGGGCAACAGGUGACGGAGGCGGGCACAGACUGUCAGGAGCCAGCCACCCCUUGCCACCCCACUGUGACAUGGAUUCCUGCAGCUCCGAGGAAUUCUACCAGGCUGUUCACCACGCAGAGCAAACCUUCAGGAAAAUGGAGAGCUACUUGAAGCAGCAGCAGCUCUGUGAUGUUAUCCUGAUUGCUGGGGACCGCAAGAUACCUGCACACAGACUUGUCCUCAGUUCUGUCUCUGACUACUUUGCUGCCAUGUUUACAAGUGAUGUUUGUGAAGCCAAGCAAGAAGAGAUCAAAAUGGAAGGCAUAGAUCCCAACGCGCUGUGGGACCUUGUUCAGUUUGCAUAUACAGGCUGCCUGGAAUUAAAAGAAGACACCAUUGAAAACCUUCUAGCAGCUGCCUGCCUUCUCCAGCUCCCCCAAGUAGUGGAGGUUUGCUGCCAUUUUCUAAUGAAGCUUUUGCACCCAUCCAACUGUUUGGGAAUACGAGCGUUUGCUGAUGCACAAGGGUGCACAGAGCUUAUGAAGGUGGCUCACAACUACACCAUGGAGAAUAUAAUGGAAGUUAUAAGAAAUCAAGAAUUUUUACUUCUACCUGCGGAAGAACUCCAUAAACUUCUUGCCAGUGAUGAUGUGAAUGUUCCUGAUGAAGAGACCAUUUUCCAUGCCUUAAUGAUGUGGGUGAAAUAUGAUAUGCAGAGGCGAUGCAAUGACCUAAGUAUGCUGCUUGCUUAUAUCAGAUUACCACUCCUUCCACCUCAGAUAUUGGCUGACCUUGAAAAUCAUGCACUUUUUAAGGAUGACCUAGAAUGUCAGAAGCUUAUUCUGGAAGCCAUGAAAUAUCAUCUUUUACCAGAAAGAAGAACUCUCAUGCAAAGUCCAAGAACUAAGCCUAGAAAAUCUACAGUUGGAACACUUUAUGCUGUUGGAGGAAUGGAUAACAACAAAGGAGCUACAACUAUUGAAAAGUAUGAUCUCAGAACAAACAUAUGGAUUCAGGCUGGAGUAAUGAAUGGCAGGAGGCUUCAGUUUGGUGUUGCUGUCAUCGAUGACAAGCUGUUUGUCAUUGGAGGCCGGGAUGGUUUAAAGACAUUAAACACUGUUGAGUGUUACAAUCCAAAGACCAAGGCUUGGACUGUGUUACCACCUAUGUCAACGCAUAGGCAUGGCUUAGGAGUUACAGUGCUUGAAGGGCCUAUUUAUGCGGUGGGAGGACAUGAUGGUUGGAGUUAUUUGAACACAGUUGAGAGGUGGGACCCUCAAAGUCAGCAGUGGACAUUUGUGGCAAGUAUGUCAAUUGCCAGAAGCACUGUUGGAGUAGCAGCAUUAAAUGGCAAGUUAUAUUCGGUUGGAGGUCGGGAUGGAAGUUCAUGUUUGAGUUCAAUGGAAUAUUAUGAUCCUCACACAAAUAAAUGGAAUAUGUGUGCUCCUAUGUGCAAGAGAAGAGGAGGUGUAGGAGUGGCUACCUGUGAUGGCUUUCUUUAUGCAGUUGGAGGUCAUGAUGCUCCUGCUUCUAAUCACUGCUCUCGACUGCUGGACUAUGUGGAAAGGUAUGACCCAAAAACUGAUACAUGGACAAUGGUGGCUCCACUGAGUAUGCCUCGAGAUGCUGUUGGUGUUUGUCUCCUUGGUGACAAAUUAUAUGCAGUAGGUGGCUACGAUGGUCAAUCAUACCUGAACACUAUGGAGGCAUAUGACCCUCAAACUAAUGAGUGGACACAGAUGGCUUCCUUAAAUAUUGGAAGGGCUGGUGCCUGUGUUGUAGUCAUCAAACAACCGUGACUUUGUCAGCCCUGCUUAGGAUUUUACUGACUGUGAAAUUAUUAUUUUUCUACGAGACAAAGAGAAUGAUAACUUCACAAGAACAAGGAUCUACACAGUGAAUACACUGUUGAUCACAAACUUGAAGAUGUUUGGAAGUGACGAAGAUUAAGUAUUUAUGCCCUAUAAAAUCAUAAAACCGUUCACAGUCAGUGAACAAGGAACAAGCCCCAGAGUAUUGUAGGCGUAAAUUUGUGAAUGUAGAGUAGUAAGUUCAGGUAUUGUUCUCAUGAAUGUGUCCUGGAGAACUGGACAAUCAUGGGAAACCUACACAAAGAGUGGAAAGGAAUAUGAGAACAGUUUUCAUGGCUGCAAGAGAACCGCAGAAAUGUGAAAGUUUAUUUAAUCAAUUUUAAAUUGUGUUUUUUAAAAGAGAAAAGUGGGUAGUAAUAUAAUUUUUUUUGCUGUUCAAGUCUUGUCUUCAAAUGGGUUAUGGUCUUCUCAUUUAAAUGAGCAGUUUGACUUUACUGAAAGGAAGAGGUCAAAUGGUCUGGGUAUUCAUAGUGACUGAGCUGUGACUCUAAAGCAGGAAGAAACACAAAACUAAAAGUAGACUUUUUUGUAACUUCAGGUUGUACCUACUCACCUGCAUUAAUGUAUCUUAUAAAUUAGUCUGUUGAGGGGGAAGCCUGUGUGUUUAAUCAAGUAAUAUAAAGCAGUCCUGUGCCUGCACUGGGGCUUUGUUGCAAAUAUGGGAGUCAAAGAAACAGUUACCUAAUUCUUUCUUAAUCUUAUAUUCAAUUUAAGCAUGUGGGCUCUAACCUCAUUGUUUAAUGCAUCUACUGCAUGUUGGAAGCUCAUGACAAGCUGGAAAAUUAAUCCCCUUAUUUUGCUGCAUCACGUUAAUGGAUGGACCGUGACAAGAACAGUCUAUAGAGACUCUUGUAACAUUUCAAGGGGAGAAAAUUCCUACAUCUUAUUUCUUUCUGAUGCUUGUACAUACACAAUUUUGCCUACUUAGAGCUGCAAAUUUAUUACUUUCCACUUAUGACUGAGAAUAACUGCAAGUCAGGAAAUGAGAAUAAAUGCAAGUGGAAUAAGGAAAAUUAGACAAUUUGAUCUAAU